UUUCCGUGCUUACACAUACAGUACCUCUGAAGGAACUUCCUGUUUAUGCCCAGCUGUGCAUCAGAGUAUCCUGACUAACCCGACCAGAUCCCGGCCCCUGAGCUCUGACCCUCUAACCCUGGAGGGGCAGGGGGGGUCCACGGGGACAACAUGCGGUGUACCACCCUCUUGGCCCUGCUGACGGGGGUCAUGCUGUACCUGGUGAUGGGAGCGCUUGUUUUCGGCACCCUGGAGUUCCCAGAGGAGAAAUCUGCGUUUGAUACACUGCGGAAAACCAAGAACGCCUUCCUUUAUAACAACUCCUGCGUCACAGAGGAUGAGUUCAAAGACCUGGUGAAGGGAGUGGUGUCUGCAGUGGAGGCCGGCCUGGAUGUGAACAACCUUCCUGCCAACUUCACCAGCCGCUGGGACCUCGCCUCCGCCUUCUUCUUCUGUGGUACCAUCAUCACCACCAUAGGUUUUGGGAACCUGUCUCCUCGGACGUGGUACGGCCAGCUGUUCUGCGUGUGCUACGCUCUGGUGGGUAUCCCGAUGUUUGGCAUUCUGCUCGCUGGAGUGGGCGACCACAUGGGCACGGUGCUGCGCAGAGCCGUGGCCAAGAUUGAGACUCUCUUCCUGAAGCGUAAGGUCAGGCCGACCACGGUGCGUGUGAUCUCAGCCGUUCUCUCCAUCCUGAUUGGUUGUUUGAUCUUCCUCGCCGUGCCAACUGUCGUGUUUCAGAAAGUGGAGAAAUGGUCCUUUCUCGAGUCGCUCUACUUUGUGGUCAUCACUCUCACCACUGUCGGCUUCGGAGACUACGUUCCAG